CUCGAAGUGCUCCUCAGCUACGCCCAUGUCGCCCCAACCGAAGACCCUCUGCACGGAAGAUACGCCAAAGCCUUCGCAACCGCCGCAGCCCGCUGUUCCGCAGUAUACCUGGCCCGCCCAACCGCCGCGUCCCUCCUCGACAUCCUCCUGCUCCCAAAAGUCCUCGCGCUAGCUCGAGAAGGUGGCCUCGGACAACCAAUCGCGGAAACCCUCCGGAAAUACCCAAACAUUCGGCCUCCUGCCCCUCUUCCGCCCCCGAUCAUGGAACCUCUAACGCCUCCUCGUUCCCCUUCGCCGCCUAUCCCCCAGGACAUAUCAGAACUACAGCCAAAGACCCUCGAGAAGGCCCAAAAGCUCCUUAAACGUGGCUACCUCUCCCGAGCCGUUCGGACUCUGAUCUCGGACGCCCGCCCCGCCCCGCUAACAGCGGAAAACCUGGAAAUCUUGCGGAAAAAACACCCCCCUGGCCCGCCCCGCCCCUUUGGAGGCUCCCUCAAGCCCCGCUCCGGACGUGCCCCAUCCAAGGACACCAUCUGGGCCGCAAUACGCUCCCUUCCCACGGAAACCUCGGCAGGACUGAGCGGAUGGACCAAGGCUCUGACGGAAAUCGCAACAAAGGAGCCUCAAUUUGCCUCGUUUCUCGAACUCCUCGGUAAGCAGAUCGUCCAAGGGACCGCCCACGGACGAGACCUCCUCCUCGCCGCCCGCCUGGUGGCCUUGACAAAGGAAGACGGAGGCCUUCGACCAAUCGCCGUCGGAGAUCUCCUCUACCGAGUCGUAGCCAAGGCGAUCCUGCGGGAAAACUACUCGCCAAGCUCCCUUCUCCCAUACCAGCUUGGCGUAGGAUCCCCUGGAGGAGUGGAACCAGCCCUGCGUGCCAUUGAACGGACCGUUUUCGGCGACCAGAAGGCCCAAUUCUCCAGAAUUACGUCGUUGGACUUCUCAAACGCCUUCAAUACCGUCGAUAGGACCGCCAUGGCUAAGGGAAUCUACAAGUACGCCCCAGACUUCUACCGCCUAGCCCAAUGGGCCUACGGAGAACCCUCCAUUCUGGCCACGACAGGCGGCCCCCUCCUCACGUCCGCCCAAGGAGUCCGCCAAGGA